UAAGUUCCCUGUUGGGGGUAGGCAAUUCAGGGCUCCGGUCACUUAAGUUUUUGCUUUUUGAAGUCGCCUUGAGCCCAGCAUGCUCCAGAAGAUAGUUUUCUGUGAGACCAGCUUUGAUAGUUUCUUCAUUGCAUUUGAACGCAUAGCGACUGCACUGCAAUGGCCUCAAGACAUGUGGUGUGUGAUGCUGCUAAGUAAGCUGACAGUUCGAACUGUGUCCUGGCAGAAUGAUUGGGGGCUCCCAUCCAUGUUUCAUUAUUGCUGAAAUUGGACAAAACCACCAGGGAGACAUUGAGAUUGCCAAGAAAAUGAUCAAGAUGGCAAAGGACUGUGGUGCUGACUGUGCCAAAUUCCAGAAAAGUGAAUUAGAGUACAAAUUCAGCAAGCGAGCCUUGGAGCGCCCCUACAAUUCAAAGCACUCCUGGGGGAAAACGUACGGUGAUCACAAGCGUCACUUGGAGUUCAGUCAUGAUCAAUACAGAGAACUAAAAAAGUAUGCAGAGGCCAUUGGUAUCUUUCUCACUGCCUCUGGUAUGGAUGAGAUGGCCGUGGAGUUUCUUCAUGAGCUGGAUGUGCCCUUCUUCAAAGUUGCGUCCUGUGAUGCAAACAACUUCCCAUAUCUGGAAAAAACAGCCAGAAAAGGGCGACCAAUGGUGGUAUCCACUGGAAUGCAGUCAAUGGAAACCAUACGCCGUGUCUACAAGACAGUAAAGGAGCACAACCAGAAAUUUACUCUCCUGCAGUGCACCAGUGCCUACCCUCUGGAUCCUAAAGAUGUCAACCUCAGUGUGAUCAGGAAAUACCAGGAGGAAUUUCCAGAUGUUCCAAUUGGAUAUUCUGGACAUGAGAAAGGGAUUUACAUCACUGUGGCUGCCGUGGCGAUGGGAGCAAAAGUUGUGGAACGCCAUGUGACCCUGGAUAAGACCUGGAAGGGAAAUGACCAUGAGGCAUCCCUGGAGCCCUCCGAGCUGGCAGAGCUGGUCCGAGCAAUACGACUGGUGGAAACAGCAAUGGGAUCACCAGACAAGCAAAUGUUACCAUGCGAGAAGACCUGCCAUGAUAAGUUGGGCAAGUCAGUCAUUGCUAAGGUGACAAUCACUAAAGGAACAGUGCUGAGCCUGGAUAUGUUUGCAGUGAAGGUUGGUGAGCCAAAGGGUAUCCCUCCAGAGAACAUGCAGAACCUGGUGGGCAAGAAGAUCAAAGUGGAUGUCGAAGAAGAUGACAGCAUCUUGGCAGACAUGAUAGAAUAAAGGAUCUUCCCAAUUAUUGGGACAGAGAGGCAGGCAAAUAGAGAAGGAUAGAAAAUAAAUAUGAAGUGAGUAAGAUAGGCAGGUAGCUAGAAAAUGGACAGACAAUGAGAUAAUGUGUGAACAGUGAAAGGGAUAUGGUAAAUUAAAUGUGGGAUAAGAGAAAUAUGAAUAUUGUUGAACUUGAAAUGUAUGUCUGGAUGAAGCUAUAUGGCCUUUAUGUAAUUUGAAUAAAUGUAAUAAUAUAAAUGUAAACACUUUAGAACGUAGAUGCAUAUUGAUAUUAGAUCAUGAUGCCAACUCUAUAUGCCUUCAUAGGCUAUUUUCUGAAUGCCACUGGCCAUAUUUUUCAUACUUUGCUAGUCAUCUCUCCCUGCCUAUUUUUUCCAGGAUGCAAUCAUAACAAUAAAAGCUAUGGGUAGUUACACAGGAUGCUCAUAUGCAUGUAUUGCAUGUGUCAGGAAUAUUAUUGUGAAAUGAUCUGGGGGUUUUCAUAUAUAGCUUCUCUUAAUUUUCUAGGUGUCACAUGUGGGGCUAUAGCUGUAAUCAAAUGUUUCUGUAAUAUUAAUACUUCAAAUAAACAAGGCUUUAAGAAA